CAAUGUAUGUAAUAAUGGAAAAUUGUAAAUUUCAAAAACAUUAAUUGUGUUUACUGAAUUUUGAUUGGCUGAAAAUCAUAGAAAAUAGCUAAACAUAGAAAAUCAUACAUUUAUUAUCAAAAUUUUAAGUGUUUUCUUAAUAAGUGUGAAAAUUCUAAAACAUAAAUUAUUUAGGAACAGAGGGAGUAUUACUCUGUUCUUUUUUAACACCUUAAGUCCUUAACCUUGGAGUCCGGAGUGGAUUAGACAAGUACGAUAUUUGAUUUGUACCACAUGGGAAAUUGAUUUUUGGUGUUUCUAUAUUAUAUUGAAAACUAGUUUAACUGAGGACUAACUAACAAGAUUGUGAUUCGAUAUUUUACCUUAUCAUCAAAAGUUUAUUAUUUUGUCAUGUUUCAAAAUAAAAUUAAGACAUAUUAGGUUAGGAAUUUUUUUUAGGCUACAACUUCUUUUUCUUUUUUGGAUCAAACAUUGUAUUGUAGUAAUGUAGUUUUUGGCUGUCGCAUAUUAUAAUUAAUUUGUUUGAACGAACUUUUUCUUAAAGCAAGCAUUGGGAAUAAUUUAGUAGCUACUGUAGAAAUUGCGGCUCUUGCUUGCCACCGUCCGAUUGAAAGAAAAGUCCAAAGAGCUCUCUUCUGUUUAUUUUAGUUUUACGUACGCUCCUACAAGGCGUUGUGUUAUCAGGAACUUUGCAUAAUCCUUUUAUUUCCUGACAUCCAUGGAUUUGAUGCGAGACAUUUGAGUGAUUUGUCAUACAUAAAAACGUGCGUCUAAUUUCUAAUUUUAUAAGACAGGAAGGAGCUGGUGCAUCAGAUACUCCCAGAUCACACGACCAAUAUCGACCACCUUUUGGUACUUUAAACGUUAAAAUGGUAUUUUGAAAAUAUAAGUAAUUAUUACGUAUUUUACUUUAGCAGUAAUAACAAUAGGGCAAGCGACAGGGGUCUUAGAAAGGAUGAUCGAUCGACUAAGUCUUUUGUGAAUGUAAUGACAAUAAAAUGUGAUCUGACUCCCUCUUAAUAGCAACAAGCCAACUGUUUAAAUAUAACUUGAUCUAUCUCUUUCUCUUAAUCGCAACAAAAUAUCUGUUUGAAGCGAACAUCUAUUAAGUUGUUUUAACAACAAUGAUAUAAUCUCUCUUCAAACUUUUAGGAUAUCUCUCUUUAGUUGAGUCGUAAAUAUCUAGACUGUGCAACCAAACCAUACUAGGCCGACCAAUCCUAGCUAGUUUGAUUAGGUUGUAAAUCCAGCAUAACGAAAUAACGCAUUGACACUGGACCCCCAAAUUUUUUUGAAGACCCCCAAAUUUUAAAAGUUAAUUUAUGUAUAAAUUAUCAAAAUUAAAAAAAAUCAAAAUUCUUACUAAUUAUCUUUAGCUUUCGGGGCUGGCCAUGUGCCAACCCAAACAGCUGGACUGGCACGAACUAGCUUGGCGAGUAGUUCAAACCACUGCAACGAUGCAUGAAACUACACAUCUCAAUUAUUUGACAUCGAAACGAUAGCAUAUUCCAGGUAAGGGUUUGGCAAAAAGUUUUCCACUUUCUAAAAAGAGCAAUUCUCUCAAAUAGUUUUUUUGUAAAAAUAUUUUUUGUUAAAAAUAAUUUUCAAAGAGGAAAAUGAUAAAAAUAGUUUUUUUUUUGAAAAUUUAAAUAUUUAUUUUUAUUUUUUAAAAUUUGAAAUUAUAUCUUUAAAACUCCACUCCUUAACUCUAAACCAUAAUUCUAAAUUAAUUAACCAUAUGAUAUAAAUGUAUUUUUACCUUUUAAUAAAAUUUAUUUUAGUCAUUUUUUCCUUUGAUAACUAUUUUUAUGAUAAAAACUUAAAAAUAAUUAUUCUAUGAAAUUUUUAUUCUAAAAACCCAUCUUAAAAUUCCGCGCACCAAAAGUUAAGAUGAGAAAAAAACUCCAUUCAAACUUUCUAGCCUAGUUCUCAUUUAUUUCUUUUGAUUCUCGUAUAAUAUAUGAUUGAUCAACAAACCAAAAAGAAAAACAUAGGCAUGCGCCACCUUCAACUUGUACGAAGAAUGCUAAUCAUAUUUUCAUAUCAUCUGCAAUAAAACUAAUGCUCUCCGAAUGGUAACUACGGUUUGAGCGAUGCGGGACAAGCGGUUUAACUGCGGUGCAAUUUUAACACUUAUAAAAACGUAUAGAUAUAUAAUAUAUAUAAAGAUUUUUGUUACUAUUAAUUGCGGUGCGGAACAUAGCGCGGUUCGUAACAUUCGAAGCCUAAAUCAACCGGGGAAACACAACAAUAAAUUAAGUGAUCCAAUAUUCUGACGACAAUCUUUAAAGACCUAACUAAACAUCCACAAUAAAUAAAUCGGGCACGCAUAUCUAAAAUAAAUAAAUUGGUCAAAUCAAAAAUUAUCAAAAACCUCCAAGAUCCAAAUACCUAAAAAUAUAAAUAUGAAUAUAGUGGACUACAUGUAAAAGGUGACAGGGGAUUCGUUACAGAGGAGGAUUUGUUUUCUCCCUUGAAAGGAUAACCUUUACCAAAAAGCUUCCCUUUAAAUAAAGAAGCAAAACAUGGGAACUAUUGGAAGGAUAUCAUCGUAUUUUUAUCCAAAGCCGAAUACAUAGUAUCUUCUUAAGCAGAAUAAAUAUACAUUAUAUACCUGAUACGCAAUGGAUCUGGACCGUUUUAUUAGUAUAUAAGAUGUGAAUAAGAAGAGUAGUUGCAUUAUGAGCAGGUGCACAUCAAAAGCAGAGAGCCCACAUGCGACCAUCACAAUAUCAACGGCUGAGACUUGAUCACAUAUAUUUCAUGUAUCCGAAUCUUAGGACAAGGUUGAGUUCCACGUGCACAGAUGUCAAAUAGAUGAAUCCUGUAAACCUAGUACUUCAUUUUUUGUUUCAAAAUGAAGCAAUAAUAUGACUUCAAAUUUGAAUAAAUAAUGUUCAUUGUUUCAUUUUUUAAACUGAACUUUCUAAAUUAUAAAUUGGUCUUUAAUUUUUGUUUGUUUCUAUCUUUUACCAAAAUAAAUUAUAUAUGUCAAUAUUAUCUAAUCAAGUUUAAAAUUUUGACAAUUCUAUUCAUCUAAUUAGAUAUUUAUUUUGAAAAACAUGAAAAUAUUCAUUUUAAGAACUUUAAUUCAUUUAAAAAUAAAGGAAGAUAAAUAAUCACAUUUUACUUCUAAACAAUUUUAUUAAUCAUUUAAGGAAAAAAUAUAUAUAAGAUGUCUUUUUUACAAAAUAUGGUGUUCUGUGUUUGUUUAUUUAUGUUAUGUAGUAAUAUUUUAAUAUGAUAAUGUUUGAUUUAUAUUAAAUAAUAAUUACAUUAGAUUAUUAUUAAAACAAAACACUUGGGUAAAAUUACUAAAUAUGAAAAAAUAUAAAACGUUAUUAAUAAUUAAUGAUAAAGUGAACAUGAAAUAUACUUGGAAUAUUCUUUUUACAAGAAAGAAAUAAAACAAACCAUCGAAAACGAUGUGCUUAAUUUUGAAUAAAGUGCACUUUUAAAACUGAAAAUGAAACCAACUAUUAGAGAUGCUCUUACUUCUUCCCGGUUUCUUUUUUGAUAUCUGAGUCUUAGGCCCAUCAUUUUUCAUAGGUCAAAAAUCAAUCUUCAAAAAUUAUAAUUUUAAAAAUAACUCAUCAUACCAAGAAUGGUUUUAAUCCCGAACACAAUGAAACCAACCCGGCCCUUAUAUUAUCAUUACACCAGCAACAUCCUGGUUCCUCACAGUUAUUGUGUGAGUGAGCCCAUAUAUUCCAAGGGUAAAUGUGGUAGUAGAACACACAUUCUAUGUAUAUUUUUGUCGGUUUGACAUUGACAUUUGAAGUCUUUUUUUUUUGUUUUUUUUUUUUUGGUCAACUGAUAUUUGAUGUCAAAAAGGAUGAAUUUGCGUAAAAUAUUUCUUCUUCUUUUUUUUUUUCAAAAAUAUUUCUUCUUUUCUUAGACUAUAAUUUGAGUAAGUUUCUCUCUAUAAACGACAUACGAAAUAAUAAUAUGAUUGACCAAAAAUAAGAAAUUUAAGACUCUUUUUUAUCAUCCGAUUAUCAUUUAAGACUAUUUUAUCAUAUAAAUUUUACUAAUAUUUUUUUGUUUUAUGUCAGUAAUCGACUCAUUUAUAUCCUGUCUCAAUUUUACAGCUGCUUUUUCUUUUGUGUUACAGCAUUGAUAUAACAGUUUAUAUUGUAAUAUAAUUUCAUUAAUAUAUAUUUUCAUUUAUAAAAGGUUAGUUUCUUUUUGUUGCGAAAUUAGUUAAUUUUUAGUUAACCCAAAUAUGUAGCUUAGUAAUAUCCAGUGUGUCACUACCAAGUUCAAUUUUGUAUAGUACAACAAUCAGUAAAGUUAGUUCUUUUAGGAUGAUAAAUGAGUUCCCAUCAAUGGUGUGUUUGUAAGGGCACCUCUAACCCUAUUCCAUUUUCAACUCCAUACAUCAUUAUGGAGUAAAAUUUCUCUAAUCCCACUCUAUUUUCAACUCCAAAAUGGAGUAAUGGCUAGGGUUACUCCAUUUAUGGAGUAAUCUUACCCAUUACUCCAUUUUGGAGUUGAACUUUUUUUAUUUAUAAAAUGGUCCUUUGAAUCUUUAAUGUUUUUAUUUUUUACUUAAAUAAUAUUUAAAAUGAUACAAUAACAUGAAAAUAGUAUAUUCUACAAAGGAUUAUUCAAUAAUUUUAAAUAAAUGCAUAAAAUAACAGAAGACAUAAAUAAUUAAAAUAAAAAUAAAAAUAACAUAAAAUAAGUAAUUUAGUAAUCUGAAAAAUCCAUUUCGGAUCCGCUAAGGUCGGUGAAAUAUUGCCCAAACGGAGAAGUCUGAGAAAGAGCUUGUUGAUCUUGUGAUUCAACAUUUCGCUUUGAUAUUAUUUGUAUUUGUUGAGUUUGAAUAUACGCACGAACAUUUGGAUCUUGUAUGGAUGAGCGUGAACUCGAUGCACCAAUUGAAGAGAAGCUCCACCUCCGGGUAUCGAAAUUGCAGAAGAUGAAAAUGUCCUAUUUCAAAAUUUUUUUGCUCGAUUUAGGAAUAUCAAAGAUAAAGAAGCUCAUUUUUCAUUACAAAAUGCAUUAGUUGAUCAUUUGUAGAAAAAAUAUUUUAAUGCUCAUUGUUAAACCCACAUAUAUGUUGUCUUUUUUAAUGAUUUCUUGUACUUUUUAAUAAUAAAUAUUUAAUUCAAAUAAUUUAUAUUUUAAUUAUUUAUCGUAAAUAUAACUUAGUUGGGGUUCAUUGGUAAAUUUUUAUAAGUAUAAAAUUUUAUUUGCAAUUAUUAAUAAAAUAUAAAUGAAAACAUUUAAGAAAUAUUAUUUUUGGAGUAGAAAAUAGAAUAAUACAUUGGAAUAAAACCUUAUUUCAUUUUGGUGUUGCACCAUUUUAAAGUAAAAAAAUGGGGUAAUACAUCGAAGAUGCUCUAAGGCAAGGCAGCAAGACAGCAGAACUACGCUUUACCAAAAAGCUUCCCUUUAAAAAUAAAGAAGCAAAUUUGGUUUCUUUUUACACACCAUUGAAGCCUAGUUUGUAAGGCGGCAGAAUACUUUACCAAUUUAAUCAAUAAAAAAUGUUUUACAGGAGAAAAGACUUAAUGCCGACGCAUCCGAAUAUUUUUUUUUUUUAACUAAAAACCAAAUUUCGUAGGAAAAAAAAGAUUUAUGUUGAAAAGGUAAUGCCGGAAGCUGCAUUAUUUGGUCUUCCUAAUGAGUAUUUUAUAUAUUAAAUGAAUGGGAAUGGUCUUCCAUCUUACCUAUUAGAUCAUCUCCAAUGUAUUUUUCUAUUUUUACCUCUAAAAUAAAUGAACUCUAUAAUAGAAGUGGAUUUUACUCCAAUGUAUUUCUCUAAAAUAGAGAUCUCUACAUAUAGAGCAAAAUAUAGAGGAAUGCUAUUUCUUCCUCUAUAAAUAGAGGAGAAAAUAGCAAUCUCUAUUUUAGAGGUAAAAAUAGAGAUGGGUUAGAGUGGUUUUGCCUUUAAAUGUUAUUAUAGAGGUAGAAAUAGAGGUGGAUUGGAGAUGUUCUUGGAGACAACAGGGAACCAUUUGUUUCUUUAAAGCACCAUCCUUCAAUAAAGUAACGAGUAAACAAUACAAUAAAUCACUAUAGGACAUAUCCACAAAUCCUAGGGAGAUUUGGCAUUGCUAAAACUAUGGAUCCUUACCAGAAUCCUAAUCCCAGAGGGUACCAGGGACAUAUGCCAUUUGGCUCAGCCGGCCACGGUGGCAGUGGUGGCUCCGAUAUCCCCCAAGGAACAGUUGACAAUAAGCAGAAGAAGAAGCUUCUCCACCGCGACAUCGAACGCCAGAGAAGACAAGAAAUGGCUACACUUUUUGCUUCUCUUCGUGAUCACCUACCUCUUCAAUACAUCAAGGGGAAGAGAGCUGUUUCGGAACAUGUAGGCGGAGCGGUGAAUUUUAUUAAGGACACGGAAACAAGGAUUAAAGAACUCAGUGCAAGAAGAGACGAGCUAAUUAGAGAAACAUGUUAUACAUCGAAUCCGGAUCUAGCAAGAACUGCAUCCGAGUUAGGCAAUUCGGUUCCGGCGAGUGUGAUGGUGCAACCAUGCGUGAGCGGUUUCGAAGUGGCGGUGAGCAGCGACUCGUCAGGUCCACAAGCUUUGCCACUCUCAAGAGUGCUUGAGGCACUUCAGGAGCUAGGGCUUGAAGUCAUCAGCUCUCUCACUACAAGAGUUAAUGAGAGGCUCAUACACACUAUUAGAGUCGAGGUUAAUAGUUUUGGAUGCUUGGACUUUGCUUGGUUGCAGCAGAAGCUAGUUGAGGAGUUGAUACCUUCGACGGGGUACUAAUAAUUAAGAAAGAUAACACUCUUAGUCCGAAAGACUUAUUUUUCAAAUAUCUAAUGCUUUCAUGAAACUUCAUCUUUGGAGCGGGUCUGGAAAGUCAUUCUUGGAAGGAGGCGUAGCUUAGGUUUAAACAAAAGUAGGUACGUACUGUUAUGUUUUCGAAAGGAUUUUAUGAGUAGGUCAUAAAGUUCAUCAUCAUUCACCGCCCACACCGUAAAGAUUUUUGUUGCGUGUGUCCCUUUCGUUUUGCUUAUUACCUCCAACUUUUAGUUAUCAUGUGUCCCUUUUUUUGUCAGCCAUGUUUCCCUUUCAUUAUAACUUUUUUGUAUUAUUCCAUUGUCAUGUUUUCAUGCGUUUUUGUGUAUGGAUAUAAGGUUUUAUAAAA